AUUGACUAAAGUGUAGUGUUUGAAUAUGGAAGAUUUCACAGACCUACAAAAGAAUAUUACAUAGAUGUGGCACAUGUGAAAACACGAAGAAAUAUCAAGCAUAGCACUAAAGUCUAGCUAUGAGUUUAAUUAAUCAAGCUUAAUACCUCCAUGCUUUCAAGUAAUAUAUUAUUCUUUGCAUAAAACUGUUUUUUAUUAAAUAAUCAACAGUAUGUUGUUAUUAUAGUCAUUGCAAUGUCCUAAACUGUCAAAUUUGAGUGUGUCCCAAAAUAUUUAAUGGAAUCAUGAGAGCGUGUACCGAAAUUGGCGUCAGUUGGAGGAAGCGGUCACAAUCUCUUCCUCGAGAAAGCUCGCUGGGUGCAGACGAUGCAUGCCGAGACCCAGCAGUGGACGCAUGGGACUGGCAGCUGCCUCAGCAUGCAGGCGAUGUUCACGGAUUGAACGCAUCAUCUUGUAACAAACCUGUCACUGAAGAAUUUGGAAAAGAAAAUAUAAGCCCUUAUUUGAAGGAAUCAUUUGAUGAAAAAAUAGUUCUAAGGGAUGAGAACUUUGCUCUAAAGGAAACAAUUCAUCAGCUGGAAACAAAGCUACGUUGUCUGUGCAAGGAGAAAGACAUUAUAAGUUUUGUCUUUACCGAGACAAAGGAUGAACUGCUGCGUGAAGUGUCUAAGCAAGAACAGAUGAAGAAAGAUCUAGCUCUCAAAGAGGAAUUACUCUACCAGGCAAAAGAAACUGAAAAAGAGAUUACAGAAAACCAGUGGAGGCUCUCAGAUAUUACUGAAAUGAAACAAAUGGUGGCCGAUCUGAACACGAAACUCUUCGAAUCAAAUUUGGCACGCCACAAGGUAGAAACUGAGCUAGAUGCAAAACUUGUGGAAAUGAGGCGACAAUUAAUUGACAGUGAAGAUGAGAAUAUUUUUUUGAAGAGAGAACUGAAAUUGUGCAAAACUAAAAAUGUUUUACUAAAUUCUGCGAUAAGUAAUUUGAAUCUAGAACUAGCGGAGGCAAAGAAACAGGCAACGAAAUUAAUCGCCGAAAAUGCUUCGGCUGAAGAUAAAAUAAGAAGCCAGCAGACAGAAAAGGAGUUAACAGAUAGCAGACUAAGGACAGCAGAACUGGAAAACGAACUGAAUAAGAAAAACCUAGAGGAAGCACGAACAGCUUACGAAGAAUUGACGAAGCAGCUUGAGCAUAAAGAUGUCGCACUGAGUGAAGCAAAGUUCAAACUUGAGUUAGUUACGCAAGAUUAUGAAAGUGCAAAGAACACGUUGGAACAGACAGAAUCUCGCUACUGUAAGACUUCAAAGCUCUUAAACAACUCAGAGACCGAGUGCAGCCGCUUGAAAAGGGAGGUGAACGACUUAGAAGACGCACUAAAAGAAGCGAAACAAAAGUUAAGUGAGCUAGAAGAGAAGAAAGUCAGACUAUCAAAACUUUUCAACGAAUCGCAGCAGAAGUAUUCGGCUGAAAAGGAAAACACCAGGAGACUGGAAAAGGAUUUUCGCGAGUUGAAGCACGAGACUGCGAAGUUGGGAGACAAAUACACUCGUUCAAAGAAAGCGCUGAGUAAACUGAAAAUCAAGCACUCACUAUCACUGGCUGAGCUCAAGAAGGCGAGGCAGAAGCACGUGGAUACAGUCAAGAAGCUAAGAAACACCAAACUCAAACACUUACGCCUACAACAAAGAUGCACGAUGAGUGAUAUUCACGUUCUUGAGGAGACAACAAGAGUAAAGAAAAACCAAACGGAAAUAAAUUUUCACAAGGGUGGGCAGAGACCUAGCAACUUAAGAAUUAAAAACAGUGAAAAACGUAAUUUUGAUGUAAAUCGAGGGGCUCUUGGAAAUGUGGUGGAGCUACUGGGUUCUACAGAAAUUGACGAUGGUUCUAAAAUUAUUUGCAUAAAUGAUAAAACAGAAGAUGCUAAUACUGUAGAGACGAAUCACGAGAAAAAUUCACAAAAAUGCUUUGAAACAGUACACCACCUCUGUAGAACCAUUUCAGGAAAUUCUAUUAUGUCAAACGAUUCGAAGACUCGCGAAGAAUUCUCCGAAGCAAGCAGUGAAACAGCUGAACUGGGAUUCGAUCGUUUUAACACAGCAUGGUUUGCAGAUAAAAUUGGCCCAGGAAGUACUGGGGAAAAGGACAACAAUUUUGAAUUGAUAGGAAGGUAUGUAGAAGUAGGAAAUCAACUAUAUGAACUAACAAAGAAUAGAUUUGAUUGCUUGAAGGAAGGAAAUAUGUUCACAAAUAAGGAUUUGAAGGAGUUGGAGGAAAAGUUGUUGAAAAUACAAAAUGAUUUAGAUAGGAAAGAGUUGGAAUACAACGAAAUGCUUGAGAAGUUAGAAAAGUCGAAAGCGGGAUACGAUAAAGUAUUUUCCGAAUGUCUGGAAAUUGAGAAGGCACUAAAUAAGCACCUCCCGAGUAGCGACGGGAAACAUGAAUUAAACGAGGCCGAAGAGAAGAAUUCGUCCUCAAACUGCAACAAAAAUCUGCAAGAAAUAGAAGCUGAAAACAUCGACCGACUGAAAGUUUCAAACGAACACGAAACACAUAUGCGCUCCACGGAAUCGCAGUUAAUUGAAAAAGAAGUAUCAAAUUCUCUCCCCUUGGAGUUUUCAGCAAACGAAAUAAAUUUCGCAGUCCCAGACAAAUCACUGACAAAUCGUGACAAUGAUGACGGGGAGGCACAGUCAACUAAUUCGUUACAGGACCUGAUUCCCAUAAAGGAAGAGGAGGUCGCUUCUUCGGCGACGUCAGGGCUCGGGUCGCUCCCGGACCACGAGUCGCAGUCGCAGUCGCAGUCGCAGUCGCAGUCACAGUCGCAGUCGCAGUCGCAGCCGCUGUCGCAGUCGCAGCCGCUGUCGCAGUCGCAGUCGCAGUCGCAGCCGCAGUCGCAGUCGCAGUCGCAGUCGCAGCCGCUGUCGCAGUCGCAGUUGCAGUCGCAGUCGCAGGAGGACGGCCCAAAUACGGCGACACCGGCCGAAGUUCCAGGAGCGCCGCCAGAUGUCAGCGGCGCCGAGAGGCUGCGGGCGCUCAGCUCGCGGCUGGCCUCGGUGCUGGAGAGGGUGGUAACCCUGGAGGACCUUCUGCGCAUCAACGAGCAGUACCCCAGCCCGCUGUCCGGCUGCUCCGUCCAAGACUACCGGAACAACUUGCUGGAGGAGAAGAGGCAGCUGGAAGCGGCCGUGCCCGUGUUGCAAGCGGAGAUACGGGACCUGAGCGCGUGCGUGGAGCGCUUUCCGGAUCACCGCGCCGUCGAGUUCCAGGAGCCAGAAAGAGACGUUAAUAGCAGUCACUUUGGCGGAGAAAGCACUUGUUCCACCCUCAGUCGAAUGCCGACCGGAAGAUAACCUUGAAGUUCGGAUGGAGCCACUUAAAUCUCUUUGAUACCAAAUUUGCUACAGGGAAGUGACGCUAAUGUUUCAACAAAUGUGAUUGGCGUAAUUUUCCAAAUCGUGUUCUCAAAUAAUACAAAACAAUUUUAUGAUGUUUUAAUCAAACAAAAAAAAAACAUUUCAAAAUGUCUGUAUGGUGUUUGUGCAAUAUAUAUUGUACUUCGUUUUGAU